AUGUGUAUAUGGAAUUCGAAUAUAGAAUUCGUGGAGUACAAGGAUGUGUUACUACGGGAUGUCGAGGAGAUUCUCGACUCCACAAUAAUUGUUCCUCACGAAUUAAAGCAAGAUAUAAUAAAAAUGAUCGAAUACAACUGUGUUGGAGGAAAAAUGAUACGAGGUCUCUUUGCUGUAUAUUCAGCAUAUGCAAUGUGCAAUGAAUGGAAUGAAGAAAUGAAGAAACGAGCUUUUGUUGCCGGAUGGGGUGCCGAGAUGCUUCAGGGUGCAUUUUUGAUUGCGGAUGACAUUAUGGACGAGGCAGAAAUGCGUAGAGGAAAGCCCGCCUGGUAUCGCAUCGAUAGAAUCGGAAUGAUGAGUGUCAACGAUACGUUUAUUCUCCAGAGCUUGAUAUACAAGCUCUUGGAGCGUGUGAUAUCUUCGGUAUCUCUUUUCUAUUCAGUGCAGAAAGUUUUUGAAGAUAUCAAGUUCGUUACGGAAUUGGGUCAGAUGCUUGAUCUCAACACCAUCAAUCACAAGACGCACUCUAUUAACUAUCAAUACUUUACAAAGGAUUAUUAUGAACAGAUCAUCACGAACAAGACUGCCUAUUACACGAUUUUCCUUCCUGUCUAUUUGGGCCUCGUUCUUACAGAAUCGCCGAAAGAAACCAUGCAUUCGCCUCAACUCCGCGAGCUCUGCAUUCUCCUCGGACGUUACUUCCAGAUCCGUGACGAUUUUCUGGACGCCUUCGCAGAUCCAUCGGUUUUAGGAAAGGAAGGAACGGAUAUCCAGGAAGGCAAAUGCUCCUGGGUGAUUCUGACUGUUUUCUCGCUUUGCUCAGAGGAAGAUAGGGAGGCUUUGAAGGAAUUGUAUGGAAAGAGCGAUCCUCGACCAGUGAAAGCGAUCUAUGCGAAGUAUGAUGUGGAGAGCGAGUUUCGAAGAUUUGAAGAUGAGGCUUUGAGGAAGACGAGGGAAAUUCUUGCGUCUGCUUCGUUUCCGGAUGCUCGAUUGAAACCAUUCUUUGAUGCUCUAAUCGAAAAACUGUUUGGGAUGAAGGCGAAAAGUUAA